GGGACUAUUGUAUUUGUUUCAAACUUUUUGUUGUUUUGUUUGAAUGCUACUAAAAUGUGUUUAGUAUUGAUAGAUUUAGGGAGUUUUGCUUCCAAAAAGUGCUAGGUAAUUUCCUGAUUAUCUUUGAAUUGGCUAAGACGGGUUUUCAAACGAAUUGAACGUGAGUGCAUUUUUUUUCUACAUCGAAAAGAUGAAUAAACCAAGCGGCGGAACUCCAUUACCUGGUAAACGGCCUAUUUCAAAUCAAAGGACGCCUAGAUCUGGAAUGAGGUUAAAACAGCCUUUCAAGUCACCAGUGCAYGCAAAAGAGCAAUCAACAUCACCUAAACUUAGCCGUGCUCAGGAAAUGCUAAUUUUGCAGAGAAAAAUCGAAUCCUUGGAUGAGGAAAUCUCUUUACUUCAACAAGAGUAUGAUGUUGAUGAACUGCAGGAACAUAUUGAUAAGCUACAUGAAUAUAAUGAUAUUAAGGAUGUUGGGCAGAUGCUUAUUGGUAAACUUGCUGAGAUAGAUGGAAAGACAACAAAGUCAUUGUAUGAAGAAUUUGGACUUGACAUUGACGACUGAUACUAAAAUCCCAUCCAAUCAUAGUUAAUAGUUAUUAACUAUGAUCCAAUAAAGACUUCAGUGGCUUAUCAUAAUUGGCAUUCUGGAGAAAGAGUUACUUUUCCAAAGGGAAAAAAUAAUAUUGUACAUAAAAAGUAUAAGGGAAUCAUACUUAAGAUGCAGACUCAAACAUUAUUGUCAUAUUUGAAUUAUGUAACAUCAAAAUGAAUAUAAGAAUUGGUUACUAGUACAUGCCCACCUGUAAGACAUUUUUAAAAAAAUGUUACCCAACGAA